ACCAAAGAGAGUUUGGGAGGUUGGAGCCGAGUGAGCUUGGUUUUGUUGAGACGUGCUUCAGAGAGGACCUCAAAUCAUCAGAUUCACAUCGCGACGAACGAUGCUCAGCCGAUCAACACCGUUUCUUCAGACGUUGAUCACACGUGUGGCAUCUCCAUCGCCUGCUAAUCCUUUAUACUCUCUUCACCCAAAAGAAUCUCCAAUUUCUCAGGAACACUGAAGAUUACAGAAGGAAUUGAAUCGCUUUGGAAAUGCGGGCCAUAUCCUUUGGACUCACAGUCUCUUCUUCUCCUUCUUCUUCUUCUUCUUACACUUCCCUAAGACCCUCUUCUACCACAAACUUCAAUCCCUACAAAUCUGCUUCUGCUUCUGCUUCUGCUCAUGGUGUCUCUCUUCUUUCUUCCCCCAAAUCAGCCUCAGGUGCAAGAGUUUGUAAAGCCAGUCAAGUUUUUGAUUUAUUUCCAACUGUAACUCCUGAGAUAACAGUUAGAGAGGCAAGAAUAGAGGACUGUUGGGAAGUUGCUGAGACUCAUUGCAGCUCUUUCUUCCCAGAAUACUCAUUCCCAUUGGAUUUUGUGUUGAGGGUUGAUAGGCUUGUGGCUAUGUUAUCUGGAUUGUCUGUGCCAAAUGGUUGCAAGAGGAUUUGUUUGGUUGCUGUGAUUGGUGGCUCAGAAAAUGAUCCAUUCCUUAUUGGACCUGAAGAUUUCAAGAUUGGAGGAUUUGAUGGUAAAGUUAGUCUCAACAAGGGUUAUGUUGCUGGAAUUUUAACCGUCGAUACCGUUGCUGAUUUCCUACCAAGAAAAGGACCGAUGCGGCAAAGAAGGACAGGAAUUGCAUACAUAUCAAAUGUAGCAGUUCGUGAGCGGUUUCGACGCAAGGGAAUAGCGAAAAAGCUGAUAGUAAAGGCCGAGACCGAAGCCAAGAACUGGGGGUGCCGAGCAAUCGCGUUGCAUUGUGAUAUGAACAAUCCUGGGGCUACAAAGCUGUAUAGAGGUCAGGGUUUCAAAAGCAUCAAAGUACCAGAAGGAGCAAACUGGCCUCAGCCAAAGACCUCUCCCGACAUCAAGUACAGUUUCAUGAUGAAGAUUCUGAAGAACCCAGCCUCAAUUUAGUAAUUCAGAGGACAUUUCAAUAUAUUUUAAAGAUUAAAAUAAGAGGGGAAAGGGGUGCAAAAGAAACUACCAUUUCUGGACAAAACAGAAAUGGUUGGUGGGAUAUUUUAGAACAGCUUGUAUAGAUGAUAGAAGGAGAACAGAUUUGGGAUAGCUGCACAUCUUGUAUUUGUAUUGUAUAAUGGUGCCCAUUGUUCCCUUUGUAACAUGCUGAAGAAAGUUUGUUUCUAUGAUUAAUACCAUUAUGUGGAAUUUUUCUAU